GCAGCUUUAGAUAAGGUAUGUCACAACAGUUGGAAGAACUUCGUGCAGAAACGGACCUCUGCAACCAUGAAAAUCUGGCUGAUCCUGCUCUACCUGGUCACCACGGUGAUAGCGGAUCUCUCGCAGGAGGUGGAAGAUGGCAGAAUAACAGAUGCAGUUACUACUCCUCUCCCUCAAGAUGUUGUGGGGACAGAUGAGCCUAAGAAGGGAAAUGGCUUGUUCUGGAAUGUCAUACAGACAGUCAAACACCUCUUCAUAAAGGCUGCUGGGAAUUCUGAAGGACCUGAGGGUACUGAGAGAAAUGGAUUCACCUUCAAGAUUCUUCCAAAGAAGCUGAUUUUUCGAAUUAUGGAGACUUCAGCUAACAAUGAUAAAGAGAUCUCUGAGAGAAUAAAGACUGCGCAGGAAGAUGAUCAAAGAGAAGAGAUCCAUGAGGAAGGGGUAGCCACUACUAACUUGAAUCGUACAUCUUACGGAAUAGAAGGCGAAGAAGAGGAUGGUGGUACCACCACUGCUUGUAAGCAGACGGAUGACUUUGGGGCUCCUGUUCAAGAAUGCCAGAAUGCCACUGCACUGUCUCCUGUGGCAUUAACCACAGCAGAGCCUGCCACAACUCACACAAUAGCAGUGACAACUACUGAUAGCAAUUGCCUGUCGCAAAACUGCCAAUCACACAGUAACCUGUGGGCUGCAUGUACUGAUCCAACUCCAAAGGAUGAAGCAGAGUUGUAUAACUCUCUAACUGAAUUUGCAAUAGAGGCCUAUAAAACAGCAAUUCAGCAUGAAAAGAAUGACUCUAACUUCAUCUUCUCACCCAUGAGCAUCUCAAUCAUGCUCUCCAACCUCUUGCUAGGAGCUUGCGGUGAAACCAAACAGCGUCUUGAGAAUCUGCUUUUCUAUCCUGAAAAUUUUGCUUGUGUUCAUAAAGCACUGAAAUCUGUUAGCAAAUCAGAAACAUUGCUCUCAGCCAAUGCAAUUUUUUACCAACCCGAGCUCUCAUUGGGCAAUGAUUUUCUCAACCAGUCGGAGAUGUUCUAUAAAACCAAAAUGUUCCCACUUACAAAAAACAGCCAUCAGGAUUUGACCGAGAUCAAUGCAUGGGUGAGCAAAAAUACUAACCACAAGAUCAAGAAGCUCUUGAAUGACCUGGAUCCAAAUGACCAAAUGGUGCUGCUCAAUGCUGUCUACUUCCGCUCCAAGUGGAAGACUGUAUUUAAAGUGAAAAACACAAAGCCAGAAGAAUUCUACCGCCCAGGCUUCCCUCCCAUCAAAGUGCCCAUGAUGACAAGCAAGAAAUAUCCAGUGGCUUCCUUCUUUGAUAACAACUUGCAGGCUAAGGUUGCCCGGUUCCAACUGCACCGCAACAUGAGUCUGGUCAUCGUAGUGCCUCGCUCCCUGUCUCAGCAUCUCUCUGAGGUGGAGGAACGUCUCAACACAAAUGUCAUCCAGUCUGUGUUGUCUAAGCUGGAAUAUGUGCCAUUCAAACCAACUAUAGUAACUAUACCCAAGUUCAAGGUGGAGUCUUCCCAGGACAUCACAACACUCGUUCAGGACAUGGAUUAUGGCAUUUUCUUUGAAACCAAUUUGUGUGGGAUCUCUCAGGAUGAAGAGCUGCAAGUGUCCACCGCAUAUCACAGGGCUAUGAUGGAAAUCAGUGAGGAAGGAGUGGAGGCAGCUGCCACCACAGCAGUCUCUGUGGCACGCACAGCCAAUUUCUUGGAAGUGCAGCAGCCCUUCUUAUUUAUAUUGUUGAAAGACAUGAAAAACAUUGUCUUUAUGGGGCGCAUCAACAAUCCAGUGUCAUAACAACAUUCUCCUCCUUGUUCCUGUCAGCUUUCUUCAAUGGGUAAUUGUCCCAGGCUGCCCUGCACUAUUUAUGCAUAAAGUAUGGUGCAGGUGUGGAUGCAAGCAAUGUGCUCUUUCCUUUUUGGAAAAAAAUUACAGAAUAUUUUUUUCCUAUCAUUUUGCCUCUCCUUUUAAAGCUGAGUUUCCCUUGUGCUAUCAUUGUCCUCUGAUUUCUUUCUCCUUAUGCAUGUCUGAUCUUGUAAGAAAUCUACCUGUUCACAUAUACCACAUAUGAAAUAGGCUGAAAAAUAGAACUCAUCCUCCUUUUCCCAUGUAACCACAAUAACAAUCCCCACAGCUCAUUUCCUAAUGAAUAAAGUGUGACUAUAUUGGC